AUGGCAGCCUCCCAGCUGGCAGCCCUGGAAGGAAUGGAGUCAGGGGCCGGGCAGCUGCCCCUGACCGAGGCCACUCCCAGCUUCCUGUAUUCCGAGGGCCAGAGGCUGGCGCUGGAGGCUCUGCUGAGCCAGGGCGCAGAGGCGUUUGAGGCCUGCGUGCAGCGCGAGGGGCUGCGGCCCUUCCUGAGUGGAGAUGAGCUCCGGGGCCUGGUGGCAACGGCUGAGGACUGGACAGCAGCGAAGCAGGAGCCCAGCAGGGCAGCAGAGGGACCCACCGCCACCGAUGGGGACUUGGGCAGCCUGACCUACUGGCCUGGACACUCAGAGGAGCCGGUGCCCAUGCUGCGGCUGGGCUGGCCGGAGGACUCAGCAUGGAAGGGUAUCACCCGGGCACAGCUGUACACCCAGCCACCUGGCGAGGGCCAACCGUCCCUCAAGGAGCUGGUGCGCCAGGAAGUCCAGGCCGCCCACAAGCUGGUGGCCGUGGUCAUGGACAUCUUCACUGACCCAGACCUGCUUUCGGACCUGGUGGAUGCUGCCACACGCCGCUGGGUGCCUGUCUACCUGCUCCUGGACCGUCAGCAGCUGCCUGCCUUCCUGACGCUGGCCCAGCAGCUGGGGGUGAACCCCUGGGCCACUGAGAACCUGGACAUCCGAGUCGUGCGGGGCUGCAGUUUCCAGAGCCGCUGGCGUCGGCAGGUGAGCGGCAACGUGCGGGAAAAGUUUGUGCUGCUGGACGGCGAGAGGGUCAUCUCAGGAUCCUACAGCUUCACAUGGAGUGACUCACGCCUGCACCGUGGUCUGGUGACCCUGCUGACCGGUGAGAUCGCCGAUGCCUUCAGCCGAGAGUUCCGGACACUCUAUGCGGCCUCCUGGCCGCUCCCGCCCGCGCCCACCCCGGGUCCCUUUGUCAGAGCCCUGGGGGGGCUGCAGCUGGCCUACAGCCCGCAUCGCGUGGCCCGCCGCUGCUCCGUGACCCCGUCGCCGCCACCACUGCCUGAUGGCUCGCUGGCCCACCGCCUGGCCGCCUGCCGAGUCUUCGAGGGGGACAGACAGAAGACCCUGGCCAAGCCAGGGCCAGCUCUUAGCGACAUCCUGAGGAGUGUACAGCGUGCCCGGACCCCCAGUGGCCCCCUGGCCCAGCCCAGCCGCUCCCUAUGGGACCUGAGCCGCCUGUCCCAGCUGUCAGGCUCUAGUGACGGUGACAACGAGCUCAAGAAGUCCUGGGGCUCCAAGGACACCCCAGCCAAGGCCCUGAUGAGGCAGCGGGGCGCUGGAGGGGGCCCCGGUGGUGAGGCGGACUCCGGUCCACUGGCCCGCUUCCAGCCCCGGGGCGGCCCCUUGCCCCUCAUCCCUGCCCGCCGCCUCCACUAUCUGUCCCCGACCCGAAGGCAGUUUGGUGAAGAUACUGCCUCCAAACUCCCAGAACCCAGAGGCAUCCGGCAGCCAGACCGGGCCGGCCAGCCAGGACUCAGGGGGCGGCGCUGA